AUGUCACCCCGCCCCUUAAAACGUCUUCGGGUAUCUUAUGAUGAGGAUGAAGAUGGCGAAUCUUCUGGGCCGUCUUAUGAGCGUCCCCGUCAUAAUCCCCUCUAUGGCCAAAAGAGCGCAUUCCCGGGAUUGGAUGAUGGAGGCGAUGAAUUGCUGUACGAUGAUCCGGGGGAUGGAUUGGAAUAUCUACGCAUGGUUCGAUCCGAAGCAAACUCGCUACCUGUGCUAUUUUCCGUGCCCACUCAGACCACAGACCCUUCAAAUUUAGUAUCGACCACGCAGCCUGAUCUAAAGCCACUUGAUCCAAAUAAUCCUCCUUUGCCAACAGGCUUUUAUGAGGACGAAGCCUAUAUUGCUCCUGUGGGCGAUCUAAACGAAAAUACCGCCGCACAUUCCCCUUCGAAGCUCGAUGAACUCUAUCCCGAACCACAAAAAUCCUACAACAAUCUUCUCCGACAUCGAUUUCUCCUCUUGCGAUCGACCCUACGAUGCAGUCCACCCGCUGGUGCUAUUGACACCCUCGACAAUGACCACCCUAUCAGUCUCCCCCGAAAGGCCGGAUCUGCGCACAAAAUAUGGCGCCGACUUUUGGUCACAGUUGAACCACGCAUGGUUCAACUAGCAAGCAUGGACAUGGACAGUGUGUUAGAAGUGCUGGAGAUACUAGCGCGGAUGAUAUCCGAUGUUGUACGGGGGGACGACACCAAGCGCGUACGACGCAUUGGAGUCUGGGCUUGGGGCUUAUUGGGGAAGUGCCGUGAGGUUGGGCAGCUUUCUACCCGAGAGGUGGGAAUUGUUCGAAAUCUGGGCAAACGAGCUGCAACGAUUUUGCGCAAGGUACAAGAGCUAGAGAACGACGAGUAUGAUGAAGAGGAGGAGGAGGUCGAUUCUUCUGUAGUAGACGCACCGAAAGAGGAAAUCCGGCAGGGUAAUCUUAUCGAUGAUGAGAAAGAUACCAAUGAAAAAUCUCAGCAGGAAUCUAUCGUCCGGGAUGAGGAAGCGACCAAGCAGGAAACUCAGCCGGAACCUACAGCCCAAGGAGAGGAAGAGACAAAGGAAGUAACUCAGUCGGAGCUUACAGUUCAGAAUGAGGAGGAAAGCAAGCAAGAAGAAUUGCCGGCGACUGCGGAAGCACAAGACUGGGGCAUGCCUUAUGUAUCGCUUGAAGAAUCCGAGUUAAAGGCAGCCAAGGCGCGCUUGCAAGCUCAGGUUCAGAACAAUUCCGAUUCAGUCGAGACGCCUGCCAACUGUGAUGAUGAUGAUGAUGAUGAAGAAGACGACGAUUGGUCGAUACAGACUCAUGCCCUGCUCGACAUGAUCAUUACGGUGGUUGGUGAGUUCUUUGGCCAGCGGGAUCUGUUGAAGGAACGAGAGGUUUGGGGUUAG